CAAACACACAGAUAGAGAGAAAGAGAUUGCUUGAGGGACCUUUACGGGGAACGUUACGCCCUAUCAAUUUGCAAGCUCCAGCGUUUUGCAUAAGCCCGUCGCCUGUCUCUCCGUCUGCUUCGGGGACAGUUCCUGAGAGCCAGCACCAUGGGUGAACUAGAGGAAAUGAGAAAAGAGGCAGAAAACAUAAAAGAUCAGAUCACUGAGGUCCGUAAGGGCUUUCAGGACACCUCCCUGCAGGAGGCCACAGCGUCGGUCACCGUGGUGAGCCGGGUCCAGCUGAAGACCAGGAAGACCCUCAGGGGUCACCUGGCCAAGAUCUACGCCAUGCACUGGGGCACAGAGUCCAAGCUGUGUGUGAGUGCUUCCCAAGAUGGUAAACUCAUCGUGUGGGACACCAUUACUACCAACAAGGUGAGCGCCAUCCCUCUGAAGUCCUCAUGGGUCAUGACCUGUGCCUAUGCCCCCUCUGGGAACAUGGUGGCCUGUGGCGGUCUGGACAACAUGUGCUCCAUCUACAACCUCAAGGGCAAGGACGGCAACGUCAAGGUCAUGCGCGAGCUGGCUGCCCACACCGGUUACCUCUCCUGCUGCCGUUUCAUCAGUGACAGCGAGAUCAUCACCAGCUCAGGGGACUGCACUUGCGUGCUGUGGGACAUCGAGACCGGCACACAGAAGACGGUGUUUGCUGGUCACCUGGGGGAUGCCAUGUCUCUUGCCGUGUCCCCGGACUUCAACCAGUUCAUCUCCGGGGCGUGCGACUACACCGCCAAGCUGUGGGACAUCCGAGAGGGUGUGUGCAGACAGACCUUCUCAGGCCACGAGAGCGACAUCAACUCCAUCGGGUUCUUCCCCAACGGAAACGCUGUGAUCACGGGGUCUGACGACGGCACCAGUAAGAUGUACGACAUCCGGGCAGACCAGGAGCUCAUCACCUACCAGGACUCCAGCAUCAUGUGCGGGGUCACCUCCCUCGCCCCGUCCCGCUCCGGGCGCCUGCUGCUGGCCGGCUACGACGAUUUCAACGUCAACAUCUGGGACACCCUGAAGGCGGAGAGAGUGGGCGUGUUGGCCGGUCACGACAACAGAGUGAGCUGCAUCGGAGUGUCCACAGAUGGGAUGGCGUGUUGCACGGGCUCAUGGGACAACUUCCUCAAGAUAUGGAACUGACAACCUCGUACCCAGCAACAGAAACCCAGCGGGAGAAAAUAGGGGAGUCUGACCAAAACCUGCCAUGAAGUCAAAAACAGCAGACGCACACACAAGGGGGAAGAAUAGGUGAUCUAGGGAGGGAUAUGGGCUGAGGACGUAAAGAUAACACAUUUAACAUUAGAGAAAGAAAGAUGAUAUUUACUGUGCCAAGUCCUAUCAGAUGUUUGAGAAGGGUUCGAGUAGAGGGAAUGAGUUAAUGCUCUUAAAUAACUUUGAUCUCUCCCACUUUUGG